UAUUAUACACUCGAGUAACGCUACGGACAGUCAGUUUGUUUCUGAAUUUGUUCCGAACAAGUUUACCGGACAUUUCCUAUCUUCGCUCUCAUUACAGUGAACGAAUGGGUUCCAAUCACAUCGUGCUUCUCUCCAAUAAUAAAUCGAUUAACAACGUGAAAUUCAAGAGACGAAUUAAAAUUGCGAAAACGGACGUUCAAAUUUGGCGCAUUUUCAACGGGUACGACGUGAAGUUGGCCAUUUGAGCAGAAAGCUGCGCUUUGAAUCAUCGACUACAGUUUGAUUUGGUGCAGGUGCAUUAUUGGUGUGAGCAGUUCGCGCGGCAUCGGGUUGGUUUGUUCGAAAUUUUUUUUCUUGUCAAAUUGAAAUGGAGGGUAUCGUGGAAACUCUUUUGAACCCUUCUGUUCUGAUCGGUUUGUUCGUGGGUGUUUUUAUUUCGAUACUGUGCUAUUUCGUUUUGUCAUCGAAGACCGUAAAAGUGGUUGAGAAAACAUCAAAGAAAAAACCCGAAGUGAAAAUUCCUAAAAAUCCACCCCACCAGCCAAAACCAAAACAGAAACCGUCAAAUAAAAAGAUUUGCCAUUCUUCUUAUGCAUCGUCUUUCAAGGGUCAUGCAGGCAACGUAACAGACGCCGAUUUAUCUUCAAAUGGAAAAUUCUUAGCCACUUGCAGUGAUGACGAUCCAGGUUCAACAUCAACUGAAGACAGUGGUGGAAGUUUUUGCAGUUCAAGCGACAGUAAUAAAGCAAAUAUCCUCUCAAACUCAACAGGAGAAAAAAAACGUAAGGCAUCCAGAAGGCAGACCAGGAAUAGACGUAAAAUGGUCUCCAACAAGCUGAAUGAACAGAAGAAGGCUGUAAAAUCUAACGAUACCAAUAACAACUGCACUAAGGAACUCAGGUCUGUCCUGCCUGCAUUUGGAUUGACUGAAGAUCAGCUGUAUACCCUCCUGAUUGAUUUCACAUUGAUGCCGGACCAACUGUUCACCAAUGGAUACCCUGAGUUGAAUAAGGCGAAAAACCAGGUUCGAAUCUUGAGACAGUGCUUUGCAAAACCUCGUAGAAUUUACGAAAGGAAGAAAUGCAUGUCUUACACAGAUUCCGAUCAGAAUUCCAACAGCUCAGAUAGCUGCGAAGAUAAUGAAUUGGGAAAAUCGAGCUUGCAUUCAUUACCCAUCUCUAGAGGUUCUGCGGGUGUUGAGAGGACCUGCGUGAGAUGCAGUACUGGAUUUUUCAUAACAGACCAUGAAUACCUGACUAAGGAACGCUGUCGCUACCACUGGGGAAAAGUAAUACACUCCUUUUUUACCUGUUGUAAAAAGCCUUGUGAUUCUGUUGGGUGCACCUCGUCGAAACUACAUGUGUGGAACGGGACAGUAGCCGGGAUAAAUGAACCUUUAGAAGGAUUUGUGAACACAAAACAUUCUAAGAAGGAGAAGAAACGGAAGGUUUACGCCCUCGAUUGUGAAAUGUGUUAUACGGUUAAAGGACUUGAGCUGUGCAAAGUGACCAUUCUAGCGUACAAUGGAGCUAUAGUGUACGAUCAUUUUGUGAAACCUGACAAUGAAGUAGUCGACUACAACACAAGGUAUUCGGGGGUUACUGAAAGUGACGUGAACGGACCAAAUUCUAAGACUUUCUCGAAAGUGCAAAGUGAUAUUUUAGAAUUGGUGACAGAAGAUACAAUCUUGAUAGGACAUGGAUUAGACAAUGACCUGCGCGUUCUCAAACUAUUGCAUUCCAAUGUCGUGGACACUUCACUGAUAUUCCCCCAUGAACGAGGUUACCCCUUCAGGUAUUCAUUGAAACAUUUGAUGUCGAUGUAUUUGCAAAAACAGAUACAAACAUCAGAGCUUGGGCACAGUCCUUACGAAGACGCUCUGAGCUGUUUAGAACUCAUCUUUUUCAAAGUGAAAACACAUCAUGGUCAGAAGUACUUCAAUUUAAUCCAGAAGAAUUCAUGUUCUUGACCAUUUCAAUUCAGAAUAAUCACGUAUACACCCUUUCAUUCAGCUUCUUAUUUAUUAGCUACAUCUUGCAUUCAUCCCAGCGUAUCCUACAGUUAAGUAGUUUUUUUUAUAUCAAAACUGACGAAUCUCAUUUCAGACUUGAAAUGUAUUUUGAAAAAUAUUGUGAUAAAAAUUCGUGAUAAAUUUCAACCGUUUGAUAUUUCUUGUUACAAUUUCUCAAUUGUCGAUUUCCUAGGAUUGCAUAUGAAAACAUUACUUGAUCUCAGCACCGUGUUUAGGUGUAAUCGUUGUAGGUUGUGUGAAGGAAAAAUCUUUUUCUAUUUUUUAUAUGCUCAUAUCCUAAAAAUGCAUUUGACUUGAUAUCAAAACAUUUUAGUUACCACGAAAUUUUGUUGUUCGGUUGUCAGGCCCUUUACUUAAAUUUGUAUGAAAUUAUUUUGUAAAUAAGUACAAAAAGUUCCUUCUUGAAUGGGACCAACAUACCUUCGAGUAUGUUCGUUUUCAAAUGAAAUUUUUAGGUAGCUGUAGUUCCGAAAUUGUUACAUUAACAAUUAUGUCAUUUUUAAUACCACGCUGAAAUUUUAUAUUCGUUUCAACGAUGGUGCGUAAUUUUAAUUAUUUUAUCUUGUAAGACUUCCAUUUUGUAAUUUUAUUGUAAUAUUUUCGAUUCAUCACGUUUUAUUUGUAUGUUUACUGGCUAUGUUCUUAGAUCAAUCAUGAAUUUUUACAAUGGCUGUGUUGUGAAUAUACAAACAAAUUUUAUAAUAUAGAAAUUUUUCCCAA